AUGGCGUCUCUGCGCUGUAGGCGAGACCCCUGCGGCGUUAUCUGUCUGAUUUUAACUUAUUUCAGCGUGUUUUACGCGGACUACGUGGUCGUACAGUAUGUCCUCAUCCCCACCUACUCGGGCAGUGUGUGGUGCACUCUCCACGGAUCGGUCUUCAACCUGAUUCUGCUGCUGCUGCUGGCCUGCCACUCCAGAGCCGUCUUCUCGGAUCCCGGUAUGGUGCCUCUGCCCGACACGGCCAUAGACUUCUCCGACCUGCGCUCGCAGUCGUCUCGGAUGAACGAGCGGGGCUGCGAGGGCUGGACGGUGUGCAGUCGCUGCGAGACCUACAGACCUCCCAGAGCGCAUCACUGCCGCGUCUGUCAGAGGUGCAUACGCCGCAUGGACCAUCACUGUCCGUGGAUCAACAACUGUGUCGGGGAACUAAACCAGAAGUAUUUCAUCCAGUUUCUCUUCUACACUGGCGUGGCCAGUCUGUACUCCAUGGUGCUGGUGGUGUCGGCCUGGGUGUGGCGGAUCAGGAACGAGAGAGAGGGCGAUGCAGAGAAAGAAGGAGAGGAGACGCCCAGCAAACACCUGAUCGUUGCUCACUACAUCAUCCUGCUGGUGGAGUCUGUGUUGUUUGGUGUAUUUGUCAUGGUUAUCUUCUAUGAUCAGUUGGUCUCCAUAAUCACAGACGAGACUCCCAUCGAGCAGAUGAGGAACAGGCUGAUGAUCAAGGACCGAGGCCCCUCAUCUUCCUCCUCUUCAUCCCCCUCCUCCUCACAGCUGCCUCACCACCCCUCGCACACCCGCAAGCCAAAGCUGGCUCUGCUGCGGGAGGUCUUCGGAAGGGGCUCAGUCUUUUGCUGGCUUCUUCCUCUCCACUCCAGCCCUCCGUCUGUCGGCGGCAUCGCCUACUCCGCCCUGCCCGACUACAACGUCUGACCUCUGACCUGUGGGAGCGAGAGGGGACGAGGAAAGAAUGGCGAGGAAAGGUUUUGCCUGUGUGUGUGUGUGUUUGUGUGUGAGAAUGAAUUUUCUGCCUAACCACUAUGUCUAAUCCUUGGACCUGAGAGACCAAGAGGAAGGAGGAUGAAGGCCGAGACGGGGGACGAAUGAUGAGAGAGUGAGUGUGUAUGAGAUGAGGGAAUGUGCUGAGUGUGUGUGGUUUUAUCCCCCAGGACUUAAAAAGACCCCAGACUCGUGUAAAUCUCUCUCCCGUCUUUCCUGUCAUGAAGGACGAGCACUGACGGUCCCCCUUUUGCUCUGAUCUGUAGUUUAACUACCAGCUAUCUUUUAUUAUUGUGACAGAAGUGGAGGUUUUGACGCCGUGUGGACACCGGGGUUUGACUGACGCGCGUUUAACAAGGCUGAUAUGGAUGUUUUAGCGCCACAGCUGCUGAUACUGGGUUUGUCAACCAGCUUCACGCUCACCAGUUUAGAUUUUCAGAUUUCUCGCCUGUAUAGCAACAUUUGUUCCGUCAUGAGACAUAAAAACUGUCCAUAGGAACCCAGAGAUGCUGACAAUGGAGCCCGAUACACAACGUUAAAAUUAUUCAUCUGCACCAACGGGGGCCGUGUUCAAAGAACAUGCAAACGUGCUCCUGACGUUAAGACAGCAAGGUGUAUUGGUCUAACCCGCAACGUUUUUUUAAGCUCCGAGAGAAGUUAGAGGCGGUCCGGACGACUCCGUAGUCUGUCAGACCUGCCCGCAGUCGGAAUGAGCCUUGUAGUGGCAGCGUGAAUUUCUCCUAAGAUACAGUAGAAAUGGCAAAAGCUCCCGGCGCCUCACCAACGAACCGAAGCGACCCGGUAACACCAGAGAUGGUUCACACGACUCUACACCAGUUGGACACUGGAAAAAUACAGUUUGCAGCGCUGAUGAACCACGAAUUACUCGUUAAACCAACACUACAUUAAGUAUUUAUUUAAUAAUUAGAUAAAUAAAGGUGAUUUCAUGGCCAUCACUGGAUCGCACGGUAAAAUUGAUGCUAUAUGUAGAAUUAUUCCAUCAAAGGAUAAAUCUUUUCGGUCAAUAGGUUAAAAAAAAAAAAAAAAUCACAGUAUCAACAUGCAGAUGGUGUUUGAUUCAUUUUACAGCUUAUAUGACAUCUCAAUAAUCCUUUCUAAUUCAGUGUCAUUUGUGACUUCCACACACGUUGUACAUCGAUGAAUCUUUAAUUUCACAGUCGAGAACAGGCCUGUCACCCGUCGACCAGUCGCUGCAGACAUCGUGAGUCGGUUCGUACAAGAAACCGGGUCGACCUCAGCCCUUUUUCUUAAAAUCGGGGCCCCUAGCGGUAAGAUGAGAGGCCUGGGUCGUACAGCCCCUGAGCAAAAGGGCCAGGUGACGUGUCAGCCGAACCCCGGCGCGUUUUCCGUGACGGUUGAGUCGACCUCUCGCCAGUAUUAACGCCAGCAGAGGUUUUUAGCGCAUAAACUCUCUGUCGUCAGCUCCCUCUGACUUUGACAAGCCGGUCAGGAGCAGCGGUCUCUCAGCGUUCGUAGACCUUCAGCCCCUGAAUGGAAACGGAUCAAAACUGCCCUUCUGGCUGUUGAGACCUGGGAACGCUGAGAACACUUUGCCCCAAAAUUAGUCUCUUACUGAAUUAUGUUAUGUUUUGCAAGAUGGCAGAGAAAUUAUUUAUGCUUUUUUUGUACAGAAUCAAUUUUUUUUUUUUUUUUUGGAUCUGGCUUAAUGUCCAAGUCGAGCUUUAAAAAGUUUCCAGGGAUGCACUGAUAUGGCCUUUUCAAGCUGAAAUCUAAUAUUAUUCCAUCUGUAUCGGUGCAGCUCAGUGAAUUAACAGGUGCAAAACAGGUUGAGCUUUAAUGUUUUUCGAGGUUAUUGAUUCAUUCACAAUACUUUCACCGCAUGCUGGUAUACUCUAUAAUGGCCAAAAAUAUGUGGACGCCUGAACACUACACCCAUAUGCGAUAGCUCGACGUCUCAUUUCAAAACCAUGAGCGUUAAGCUGCUGCUAUAACGAACUCCACUCUUUUGGGGUUUGUUCUCAUUCAGCCACAAGAGCGAUAGGGCGGUUGGGUGAUCUGGCCAGGUCUGGCUCUCAGUCCGCGUUCCAGUUCAUCCCAAAGGCCUUCGACGGGGUUGAAGUCAGAGCCUCGUGCGGGUCAGUCGAGUUCCUCCACGACCGAACUGGGAAAGCUAUUGCUUCAGAGAGCUGGCUUUGUGCACAGGGGCACCGUACUGAUGAAAGAGGAAGCGGAAAUCCCAAAACUAUUGUCUAAAAUCUCUUUGUAUGCUGUAACGUUAAGACUUCCCUUCAUUGGAACUAAGGAGGCAAGCUCAAACCACAAAUAUCAGCCCUAGACCACAUGUCCACAUACUUUCGGCCACAUAUUGUACUAGUGCAUCUCUAACGUAUCUCUGUUUCUGUUACCGAGUUAGGUGAAGGUCCUCCACCUUAAAACAAACACCAAAAGACACUGCAGGUCAACGUAUUGUCUGUGAUUUAUUUGUUUUUAUUCCCAAACCAGCCACUGGAGCUCGAGACCUCAGUUCCGCCACGACAGAAACACUAGAGGCAUUUUUAACGAGGUGACAAAAACUAGCUACCUGUCCUCCGUUACUUCCUGUGAAUGAAUACACCCACACUGAUGAAGGGUGUAGGAACAAAUGAGGUCUGUUGGGAGUUUGAUGUGACGCCUUGGGGUUCGUAACGAAACAGGAACUGGAGAAUGUCCACAAAGAGAUUCCUUUUUGUGUUUAGUUUAAUUUUUUUCCUCAUUCCUGUGUUGAUUUUGAAGGACAAAGAUUUCAGUUUGACGUGCUACUAACU